AUGGAAUACUGGGUGUUUGAUGAAUCCACAGCUGCUGUUGUCAUCAAACUCAAGCAUGGGUGUAUUUUUCUUUAUGACAAGAGGGAUCUGCUACAGUUUGGAAGGAGGGAUAUCCAUGAGCUUUCUAUUCAUCAGAUCAAGGUGGCUGAAGAUAUUUGUGAGCCUACUGCUAAGGAUUACACUUCAAUGGUGGCAUUAAUUAUUGAGAAGGAAAUAUGGAAUGGAGCUAUGGGACGGUUGUCAGAGAUAGAUCCCACAGAUUUGGGACCUAACAAAGCCCUUACAAAAGCUGCCUCUAAAAUCAGUUUAACAACUGAUUGUUGGAAGUCCUCGCAUCAGAAAAUUGACUAUAUGGUUAUUACUGCACACUUUGUAGAUCAUAAUUGGAGAUUACAGAAACGUGUAUUAAGUUUUGUACAUGUUCCUCCUCCUCGUACUGUUGUUGAUAUUGCUGAUGGUAUUUACAAGUGUUUGCAAGAGUGGGAAAUUAAAGAUAAGAUUUUCACCAUCUCAGUUGACAACGCAACUUAUAAUGACAAAGCUUUAAGAAGAUUGAAAGAAACUUUUUCGCGUGUAAGAAAACUUUCAUGUGGUGGUAGAUUGUUUCAUAUACGGUGUUGUGCACAUAUAUUGAAUCUUCUAGUAAAAGAUGGUCUUGCAAUAAUUGAUCAUAUCAUCGAUGAUGUUGGUGAGGGUAUAAAGUAUAUUAACAAUUCGGAGGGUAGACGUCUAAAUUUUUCAAAGGCUGCACAUCAAAUGCAAAUGCGUGAUUGGAAGUUAAUGCUUGAUGUUCCAACACGAUGGAAUUCAACCUAUAAUAUGUUGUGCAUGGCUUUAAAGUUCAAAGAUGCUUUCCCAAGGUAUGCAGAGUAUGAACCACAUUUCCAUCACUUGCCAACUAACGAAGACUUGGAAAAUGUUCAAAGCGUAUGUGAAAUUUUGAAGGUUUUUAAGGUGUACAUGAAUAUCAUCUCGGGCAGUGAUUAUCCUACUGUUAAUUUAUAUCUAAUUGAAAAUGAUUUUAUUUGUGAUAUGGUGAAGAAAAUGAAGGAAAAGUUUGACAAUUUUUGGGACGAGAACAUUAAAGAAGUGAAGAAUGCACUUUAUGAAAUGUAUUUAGAGUAUUUAGAGAUGCAUGAUACAUUAGUUAGGGAAUCUACAGCACAUGGAAGCGAACAUGAAAUAAAUGCUUUAGGGUUGAAUGAAGGUACAUCACUUGGAUUUGGAUGGGAGGCGUUUGGAGAGUUCAUAAAGAUUGUACAUUUGGAGAGACUAGAAAAGUCAGAGCUUGAUAUGUAUUUAGAAGAAGACGACUUCUGUCAUUUCACUUGGGUUUCCUUUCUGUCCAACAAAGUUGGGAUCGCUGACCUCAUCAAGAAUUUCAUUGUGAUGAUAGAGAAUCCGACUAACAACCGAGUGAAAGCGAUGCGUACUGACAAUGGAACAGAGUUCAAGAACGCUGUUCAUGACCACUUUUGCACUGGGAAAGGGAUUGUGCGUCAAUUCAGUGUUGUUCACACACCACAACAAAACGGUGUUGCCGAACGGAGAAAUCGAACUCUUAAAGACGCCGCAAGGACGAUGCUGUGUGACUCCAAACUUCCUGUGUUCUUUUGGGCAGAGACGAUUAACAUGGCGUGCUACGUUUAG